AUGCCUCGCAUCGCUACCGUGUUCCUCGCUACUGGUCUCCAAGGCUCUUCCGUCAUUCGUGCCCUCCUGAAGGACGGCACCUUCACUCCUCGAGCCGUCACGCGCGACGCGAAGUCUGACGCCGCGCAGGCCCUGCUGAAGCAAGGCUGCGAAGUCGUCGAGGUCCAGCUCGACAACAAGGAGUCUGUCAAGAAGGCUGUUACUGGCGCUGAAGUCGUCGCUUUGAUCACACUCCCCAAGUUUGGCCCGGUCGGCGUACCCGAGGUGACGCAGGGCACAAAUAUCAUCGACGCCUGCAAAGAGACCGGCGUCAAGUUCGUCUCUUUUAGCACUCUUCCCAGCUUGAGCAAGAUGUCGAACGGCAAGUUCACUCAGGCACACCACUUUGACAACAAGCAAGUUAUCCAGGAAUACCUCGAGAAGUCGGGCUUGUCCUACGCCUGCAUCGGGCCUGGCUCAUUCAUGGAGAACAUCUUGCAAGGCCGCCGCGGCGCGGACUUCGCUAAGACCGAGACGGGCUACCUCAUGAAGACCUUCGAGCACCCCGGCACCAAGGUCAUCCAGACCUGGAUCGGCCACGACAUGGGCCCUGCGGUCACGGCGCUCUUCAAGAACUACACGACGCGCCUCGCGGAGAUCGAGAAGCAGACCUUUGUGCUGGGGUCCGGGCGAGUGACGGCGGAGGAGAUGGCGGUGGAGCUGGCGAAGGGUCUCGGCAAGCCCGUCGAAGUCGAGCACCUUGACAAGUCUGGGAUGCCGCCCAUCGACGAUAUGUUCGCUUGCAUGGCCGAGCACCAAUGGUACCCGGACGUCGAGAUCCCCGACAAGCGUCUGGAGUCCCUCGGCGUCAAGGUCGCGACGAUCGCCGAGUUCGGGGCGACUGCACUCAAGGAGCAGUUGGAGAAGGCUUGA